CUCCUCCACGUCCCACAGUCCCAGUCGUCCCUCUUCUUCCUCAACCCUCAGUCACUGGAUCGCAGCUCUCUCCUCUUCUCCGAUCUCCAAAUCCCCCCCCCACCACCGCCUUAUCCUACCUUUACUCGUUGCCCGCAUAUACCCUGCAUUUUUGACCUGCCAUCGAUUGAACUCAAAUUUCAGCUGGACUGUCAACUAUCUUACCUUACUCACCUUAGCACCGCUAAAUUCUUCGGGACCCAAGUUACCCAACACUUGGGCACACUCUCAAUUCAGGAACGGUCUAGCCUCACGUCAACCAUGCUCUCAAGUCUCGACUCUCGACUUUCCCACGCGGCAGCCUUCCUCGAAGAUCUUUCUCUGGCGAGACACACCUCAACCACCAGCGCUAUCGGACCGCGGUUGAUGCCUGGUCUGUGCCAUCGUCGGCCCAUGUUGCGCACAUCCCUCCUUGCUAGGUACUCUACGGAGUACUUGGCUCGCUGGGCGGCAACGUAACAGCCAUGGCUUCCGUCUCCUGCGUUAGCCACCUGACUG